AAGAUCGUGUUAAAUGGUACUCCACAGUCUCUACCUACUAUUAUGUGUAACAAGCGUGAUCAUAACCUAAUUGUAGGACGAUAAAAACCCCGAUAUAAAAAUAAUCAAACAAAGUUUUGUAAUAACAUGCAAUUAACGGACAUUGUGGUUUUAUAGAAUCUAGAUGCUAUCGUUAUGAAAAUAUAAAUAUAAUUUGAAUGUAUUUUUAUGAUUAUUAGGGAUUAGAUUUCCAACAGGCCACACGUGAGGUUCUAGUAACAUAUAAUUUCAUUGAUUCGAACUUAGUGAUUGAGGCAGUUAAACAAAAAUAUACGGUAGGUAUUGGUUAAUUAAAAGUGUGUUAUGUAUUCCUGUUCAAUCUCCAGGACGCAAUUAAUUGGAACCACGUCGAGUAUGCGAGUCCAGUUCAGUUGAUGUCACGCUAAAGGCAUGACAGAAUGGUUUACACAAAUAUUCAAAAAUCCGGCAUCAAAUUUCGGAGAGACAGAAUUUGGACAUGGCGAUGCCAAUGGAGCGUAGUGACGAUAACAGCUGUAGUCCUGGUGCUGUAUAACGCAGCUGCCAAUAUGUGGCUCUUGCACCCUCCCUCAUGUCCUCUCCACACGCCGCCGCCAUCCACUGACCCCCCCACCUGCGAGCCGUGCGUGGACACCGCCCCUAACGCCGCAGUAGACGAUGACCCUAUCGCCAAAAUGGACCUCAAGCUCGGAAGAUGGGAUGGUUCCAGAUCUUACAAACUCUUCGACUAUACGGCAGUCGGGGAGCUAUAUACAGAGGCGUCAGGGAGUCAUCGUGUGUGUCUGGCAACACAAAGCUCUAUAGAACGACUCCACGAGUUGCUAAGGAUAGCUGCUCACUGGACUGGUCCUAUAUCAGUUGCGGUCUUCGUCGCCGGUGAUGAAUUAAGGCUUUUACGUGCUUUCGCCACGUGGCUGUUCCGCUGCCAGCCUGAGAUAUACUCCCGGUUGGCUUUGCAUGUCACGAUGCCUGGCGAGAAGCCGGGCGUACAGGGUUCUAUGCCGAGUUGGGCCAGGGAUUGUGAUGCUAAGCCUCUGCCACCUGGAGAGAGGAGGGCUGAUACUGUCGCAUGGAGGGCAAGGCACCCGUACCCUCAGAACCACUUGAGGAAUCAGGCUAGGAAGAGCUGCCAGACACCCUACGUGUUCCUGGUAGAUGUGGAUAUUGUUCCCUCUAGGGGUAUGGCGGAAGCUUUGAAUAAGUUCCUGGCCACAACGCCCAAGUGUCCUCUCUGUGCGUAUGUAGUACCCACCUACGAACUGGACAAGAGAGUCGCGAACUUCCCCACAAACAAGUCGGAGUUGUUGAGGCUGUCCAGGAACAAGCUAGCGAUACCGUUUCACAGGAAGGUGUUCAUUUACAACCAGUAUGCAUCCAAUUUUACAAAAUGGGAAGCGAGCGGCGGUAACGAGACGGCGGAGACUCACGUGAGUCACAACGUCACCAACUUCGAGCUGCUUUAUGAGCCGUUCUACGUGGCGCCCGACACGGUGCCGCCGCACGACGAGCGCUUCCUGGGCUAUGGGUUCACCAGGAACACACAGGUAUACGAAAUGUUCCUCAUCGGGUACCAGUUCCGGGUUCUUUCUCCUAUCUUCACAAUCCACUGGGGUCUGCAAGCUCGCCGAAACCGACCCUUAUGGCGGGAGAAACAAAACCAAAAAAACAGAAAAUACUUCGAAACCUUCAAACGGGAGUUGUUCGCAAGAUACCGGCGGGAUCCACUGCACCUUUUGCGAAGACCACCCCCGAAGAAGACCUAGGCAUCGCAGGGCCGCGCGAGUUCCACAGCCGGCCUCAUUUAUUUCGUGGUGUUGGUAGCACUGCUCUGACAAUAGUGUGAGUGAUUAUGUUGAAAUGUUGGUACUUCAGUUUCUGUGCGAAAUGUGGACACUAGAUUAAUUUUGAAAAUAGAACAUUUGUAUGAUGAUAUUGGUGAUUAUAUCUUUUGUGCGAAGGGAAUCGAGUCUUCAGAAAAGCUCUGAAAGUCUUGGCUUGCUAGUGCCUUCGUUAAUACUGCAGUAAAGAAUUUCUGAGCACGAAACAAAGCAUUUCAAGGACUUGAAAGAUGUAUUAGCUGGAAUGAUAUCAGUCUUUGUAUUCCUGCUAUUGUUUAUCUGGUCUACUAUUAUAUUACAGCCAGCAAAGUAUGACGGUCUUUUAAAAACAAUGAAAUGCGCAUGAUUUUCAACACCAUCAGAUGUUGAUUACUUUGUUGCCGCUUGGUAUGUCCUGUCUAGGAUUUGCAGGCUGCCUAAAUAGAAAUACUACAUUACGUUAUUGCACACGAUUGCUAGUUUUAUCAAAAUAUGUUAUCAUAACUCACGUGUUAGUUAGAAUGUACAGAAUUUUAACCUUAAUACGAAUUCAAGAUUAGUUUCCAUUGUAUAUUACUGAUAUUUUACUUUUCUCCCGACGUUUAAUUUAAAUGUCUAACAAUUGCGUAAACUUAAGAAAUCAUUAUUACUGAUAAAGAUCUUUUAAACCCACAAUUAUCUCAUAAUUACUUUUACCGUCAAAAUAAAUCAAACAAUGAACCUCGCAUUUAAGUCUAUUCUAAUAUAUUAAGUUUAAAUCUGCAGAUCCUGUGUAAACUGUUGUAAAUAGAAUAUCAUGAGUUUGUAAAUAAAUAAAUGUUACAUUACAAACAAAGAUAUCAAUUUUGGUUGUCAUAAUUUCCAUCAGCUUGUCCUACUUUGUUUUUAGGAAAAUUGCAGCUUAAAAAUAUGAGCUGUGUGUAAGCGUUAUAUUUUUUUUGAGCACGGCAAAGUGACCCCACUUAAUCUGAUAUUAAGUGGAGUGGAGUCCAAUAGAAUGGCGACUGACGAGUUAUGUCAAAGUGCAAAUAUCUGUAUGGAAAUUAUUAUGUAUUCAAAAAGAAAUAAGUUUAGUAGCACUCAGCCUAAAUAGUGCAAGCCGUUGUUAAAAUUGUUUUAUUCGCUACAUAUUAAACAAUAAAACGCACUUAUGCUGUUAUAUGUUGUAAUCUUUUUUACCGUAUAUUCUAUUACACGUUGAGUGAAGUAUAAAUAUAUUAAAGUUAUGUUUAUCACCUCAGCCAGUUUACGUAUUUUAAUAUUAUGUUAUCAUCUAUUUUGAUGAAUCUGUAUUCUGUACAAUGCACCUGCGCAAUGCUUAGGUACUUAAAAUAUUAUACUAUAGAUUUAAUUACAUGUAGUGUACAAAAUAUACUGUAUUCGUUAACAUAAACGCACAUUGUUACGUUAAGAUUGACCGAUGCAGUAAAGACGAUAUUUCACAAUAUUUUCCAAUACAAUGGAACCGUUCAUGUUAUUUUUAAACUUAAAAAAAAAGAGGUUAUAAAUUCGACGUAUAUUUUUUUGUUAACUUCUAAUAUUAUUUUAAAGUGGCAAUUAUUUGCCAAAUAACACUGGAAUACGAUUGAAGAAUAUUACAGGUGAUGUUAUUAUAGCUUGACCAGUAAAAUAGAAUACCUUGCUUUGGUGUAGUAACAUGUGGAACUAAUUCCUUGUAUUUACGUUAACUUUAAAACGAAAAAGCAAAAGUGACGCCCCUAAAGCAGGUUUACAUAGUUGGGCUAUACUGGGAUUUAUAAUAUACAUGAGAGAUCAGUAAAAUGCCGACUUAUGGGCAGGCGUUAUAUCAAACGAGAUCUACUACUCGUUUCGUCUCGUCUUUCAAAUACUUUUACAUUCGAAUUCAUAUGGACAUGUAUUGUGAAAUAAUUCCUUAUUUGUUAUUAGAAAAUAGCAUAGACAAUAAUUAAAGUUGUCUUACCUCUAGUUCCUUUAUUAUAAAUUAUUUAAGUACAAAUGUAUCACUGAGUUUUAGAGAGUUAGAUCGUAAAAAUGUAUAGCUUUUGUAAUGUUGUAUCUACUUAUAAUGCUUUAAGUUGUUUCUUGUAUAUGCAUUAUUUUAUCACAUUUCUCGUGGUAGCGUAGGAAUUGAGACGGUGAACCAUUCGAUUCCCGGUUCAGGUUAUUGCAAGAGUGUUUGCAAAUAUUACACUUUUUUUGUCCGGGAUUUAUGUUUUGCAAAUACAAAAUGGAAGGGAAGCAAGAAGAAUCAUGAGUACAUGAGUUAUUUACGUCUUUGUCGACUCCACCGCAGAUGCCGAAAUAGGAAUAAGAAAUAGGGUCACGAUGGUUUGCAUUUAUUUAAUGUUGGGAGCAGUGGUCAGUAUGGACAACGAUUUUUUAAAUUAAUUUGUCACUCAUAAUUUUUGUUAUCAUGUUUUUGAAUGGACAUGAAUGUAGACCUUGGCUUAUAUUUGAAAACUACGCAAGCCACAGAAUUAUAGUAUAAUAUUAUCAUCAUAUAAUUUUUAAGUAUUUAAAUGUCUUGUUAUACUUACGUUGUGUUUAACGGUUAAUAUUUUAUUAUUGACACAAUUUUCAUUGGUUAUCUUAGUAAAUAUGACAUUGAAAUAAAACUAUUCGCGGUUUUUAUUAUAAUUUUUUCCUGACGUUUUAAAGAAUUUGCACCCUUCUCUACAGUCUGCUCUUGGAUCACGAAGGCUGCAGUCAUCGAAACGUCGAGAGAAAAUUAUAAUAUAAAAACCGCGAUAAAAUCCACAAAAUAGUUUUAUUUCAAUGUCUAACAUUCACGUAAACGUAAGAAAUCAUUGAGUAAAUAUGAUAUAGCUGUACGUGCUAGAUUUUCUAUCUAUACAUAUCGCGGGCUAUAAAUAUGUGUUUGUAACGUUUUAGAAGCCUUUCGGUUGCAAAAUAAGUUGUUUGGUACAUAUUAAGGGAGUAGGAGGCAUGCUUGUGAAUAUAAUGGGUUUUUACAAUAAUAACAUAAUUUAUAUAAUUUCAUUAAAAGAAAGUUUUUUUUUUCAUUUAUGAAUGCCCCAUUCUCCUCUUUUUUUAGUUUCAAUAGUUAUUGUAGAUAGUACUAUUUAACAGAUGUUGUGACUAGAUUUUAGAUGUGCACAUUUACGCCGGUUUCAGACCAAAAACUAACAGUUAAAUUGGUUUACUAGCAUAACUCAGAUUUUUUUUUAUUUCAAUUUUCCCAGCUGUGCGAGGCUAAGGUAAACAUAGUUCAGUUUUCGGUCUGCAACCCGUAUUAAGAUGAGAGGGUACCGAAUAUACUUUAUAUUUCAUAGGAUAGUGACGACAUACUUAAAAUUUUACUCAUCGGCCUAUUCCGGGCUUAGCCGGCGUAUGUCUUCUCUCCAAUAACGUGUCUUAGUUUGGUGAGCUGUCGUAGGUGGUGUGGGCACGGUACCAGGUUCAAAUAAAAGCCGAGUCUAGAUUAAAAUGUAGUGAUGGUCACUGCUCGAUAGUUUAACUUGUCGAUUAAUACAUCCAUAAGUUCUAUUUAUAAAAAGGCGACAUGAUAUUAGUUUUAAUCAACAAUCAUUAUGUUUUCUAGGUGAAAACAAAAUAGAUCUCACCAUAAAGGUAAUAAAGAGAUAUUAUGAGCAGAAAAUAUUUAUUGCAGUUUUGAGUUAAUAAAUUAUUUCUAAAUAAUUAAUAUGUUAAAGUUAAAAAACAAUAUACCUCUUUGCCAUAUUAUUUAAAAGAUGCGUUUAUUAAACAUUGUGAUUUAAUACAAUCAAUAUUAGAUAUAGUUUCAAUAAACAUAGAAGAAAAUAGCAUAAUUACUAGCUGAAUUGUAUCUUGUUAGUUGUGAAUCAAAGUAAAGAUAAUUCAAUUCAAUAUUAAUAGUGAAAAUAAACGCAGUAAAUUAAUUUUAUUGUAUAUAUUUUAAAAUCCUGGCCUACUAACUCUGAUUAUCCUUAGAUUAACGGUACAAGCAAGAAGUUUUAUGUGGAAAAAUGUCGUUCGUGUAUUAUUUUUUAAAUAAUAAAAGACAAAAUGUAAAAUUGUAAUAAAGUUUUUGUUUUAUGUAUACAAUAUACCGCACGUACCGAAAAAUCCUAAUUGAUUACUGUACUGUACACAAAACUGCGGCCUGUACAUA